UAUUACUAGGCAUCGGCCCUGCACAAUCUCCUCGAUCUCGUCGUCGUCUCCCUCCCCCGGUGGCAUGCUCCGCUCCCGCUAGAUCCGAUCGAUCUAUGGAUACCCGCCGCUUCCCCGUCCUCCUCUCCCUCCUGCUCGCCUUCUGCUCCGUCGCGGCCGCCUCCGACGAGAUCCACGGAUGCGGCGGCUUCGUCGAGGCGAGCUCCGGCUUGGCCAAGUCGAGGAAGGCGUCGGACUCCAAGCUCGACUACUCCGACAUCACGGUUGAGCUGUGCACUGUUGAAGGUUUGGUUAAGGAAAGCACACAGUGUGCUCCUAAUGGCUACUAUUUUAUUCCAGUCUAUGACAAGGGUUUGUUCAUGGUCAGAGUUAAGGGGCCCAAGGGAUGGUCAUGGAAGCCUGAUACUGUUCCUGUUGUCAUCGAUCACAAUGGGUGUAAUGGAAAUGCAGAUAUAAAUUUCCAAUUCACUGGGUUUAUGAUAUCGGGUAAAGUAGUGGGCGCUGUUGGUGGUAAGAGCUGCUCAAAGGGGGGAGGACCUUCUGGUGUGAAAGUUGAGCUGAUGACAGACUCUGAUGAGUUGGUUGCAUCUGCAUUAACAUCAUCAUCAGGAGAAUAUUCGUUUACAAACAUAAUUCCAGGGCGUUACAGAUUACGCGCUUCUCAUCCUGAUUAUGAUAUCGAGUUGAGAGGCUCACCAGAGGUUGACUUGCGAUUUGGAAAUGUUGUGGCAGAUGAUGUCUUCUUUGUAUCUGGAUACAACAUCUAUGGCACUGUGGUUGCACAGGGAAAUCCGAUAUUGGGCGUCCACCUGUACUUAUAUUCAAAUGAUGUAACAGAGGUUCCUUGCCCACAAGGUUUCGGUGAUGCACCCAGGGAAGGUGCUCUUUGCCAUGCGAUAUCUGGUGCUGAUGGGAAGUUCAUGUUUAGAUCACUACCUUGUGGUAGCUAUGAGCUGUUGCCAUACUAUAAGGGGGAGAACACUGUCUUUGAUAUUUCACCAUCUUCACUUCCUGUUUCCGUUGAGCAUGGUCAUUUGACUGUUCCCCAAAAAUUCCAGGUUACUGGAUUUUCUGUUGGAGGGCGUGUUGUUGAUGGUUAUGGUGCUGGUGUGGAGGGUGCCAAUGUUAUAGUCGAUGGCCAGUCGAGAGCUGUUACAGAUAGCUUUGGGUACUACAGACUUGAUCAGGUUACAUCCAAGAAGUAUACUAUAACAGCUGAGAAGGAUCACUAUAAGUUCAACCGUUUGGAGAAUUUUAUGAUUUUACCAAAUUUGGCCAGCAUUGAUGAUAUCAGAUCAGUUAGAUAUGAUGUAUGUGGUAUUGUUCGGACAGUAACUCCGAAUUCAAAAGCAAUGGUGACUAUAACACAUGGACCUGAAAACGUAAAGCCGCAGCGGAAAUUGGUGGGAGAAAAUGGACAAUUUUGCUUUGAGGUUCCUACUGGUGAAUACCAGUUAUCUGCAUUACCUGUAGAUUCUGAACGUUCUUCUAGUCUUAUGUUUUCACCAGGAUCUAUUACUGUCAAUGUAAAUGGCCCAUUGCUUGAUCUGGCAUUUUCUCAGUCACAAGUCAAUGUUCAUGGUAAAGUCUUGUGCAAAGAGGAAUGCAACCAAAAUGUUCUGGUCUCACUUGUUAGAUUAGCUGGGGGUGUUGAGCAGGAAAAGAAGACAACCACUUUGGAGCAAGAUAAUGUCAAUUUUGUGUUCACAAAAGUAUUUCCGGGAAAAUAUCGUAUAGAGGUGAGGCAUUCUUCAUCUGAGGGCUCGGUUAAGGAUGUUUGGUGCUGGGAUCAAAAUGCCUUGAAUGUAGAUAUUGGCAUUGAUGAUGUGAAGGAUAUUGUGUUUGUGCAAAAAGGCUACUGGAUUGAGCUAGUUUCAACUCAUGAUACUGAAGCAUAUAUUCAGCUGCCAGAUUCUUCCAAACGUGACUUGUCGAUAAAGAAAGGAUCUCAAAGGAUUUGUGUAGAAACUUCAGGGCAACAUGAGAUUCAUUUAACAAAUCCUUGUAUUUCCUUCGGGAGUUCGUCUGUUUUGUUUGAUACAGCUAAUCCCAUGCCGGUUCAUAUCAACGCAAAGAAGUAUCUUGUAAAAGGUGAAAUCCAUGUGGACAUGGGCUCCCUUCAGGAAGACAUUGAUUCAAAGGAUAUAGUCGUGGAUGUCUUAAAGAGUGAUGGCAGCUUUGUAGAAAAGAUAUCCACCAAACCUGCUCUUGGAAAGAGUAAUCAAAAUGACUUUACUGCAUUUGAGUACUCUAUUUGGGCUGACCUAGGGGAGGACUUCAUCUUUGUCCCUCAUGAUUCUAGCACUGGAAGGAAAAAGGUCCUAUUUUAUCCAGCAAGACAACAGUAUUCAGUGUCUGUGAAUGGAUGCCAAGACACUGUUCCUCAAAUCACUGCAAAAGCUGGUCUAUACCUUGAAGGAUCAGUGUCACCUGCAACUUCUGAUGUUGAUAUCAGGAUUCUAUCAGCUGGAAAGAGCAACUAUGCCCAUCUGAACAAAGGGGAUGUAGCAACAGAGACAAAAACAGAUUCUGAUGGAUCAUUCUUUGCAGGUCCCUUGUACAAUGACAUAGAAUAUAAAGUUGAAGCUUCAAAGGAUGGUUAUCAUCUCAAGCAAACUGGCCUGUACACCUUUGCUUGUCAGAAGCUUGGUCAGAUAUCAGUGCAGAUUUAUGGUGAAAAUUUGGAGCUGUUACCAUCAGUAUUAUUAUCUUUGAGUGGCGAGGAAGGAUACAGAAAUAACUCAAUUAGUGGUUCUGGCGGAACUUUCAUCUUUGACAACUUAUUUCCUGGAAGUUUCUAUCUCCGACCUCUUCUUAAGGAAUAUAAAUUUAACCCCUCAGCAGUUGCUAUUGAUCUUAAUUCUGGGGAGUCUAGAGAGGCUGAAUUCCGUGCAACCAGAGUGGCUUACAGUGCCAUGGGUUCUGUGACACUGUUAACUGGUCAACCAAAGGAAGGUGUUUUUGUUGAAGCAAGAUCUGAAUCAACUGGUUAUUAUGAGGAAGCUACUACAGAUGCUUUUGGUAGGUUUCGUCUUAGAGGACUUGUGCCUGGAUCAACUUACUCUAUAAGAGUGGUUGCAAAAGAUAAUCUCCAGUUUGCAGCAGUUGAGCGCGCUUCACCGGAUUAUGUGUCAGUUGAUGUUGGUCAUGAAGACAUCACUGGUAUUGAUUUUGUGGUUUUUGAACGCCCGGAAGUAACAAUCUUGAGUGGUCACGUGGAAGGUGAUGGUAUUGAUAUGUUGCAGCCACAUCUGUCUGUUGAAAUCAGAUCAGCAGCAGAACCUUCUAGAGUAGAAUCUGUACUUCCUGUUCCUCUUUCAUACUACUUUGAAGUGAGAGAUUUGCCCAAAGGCAAGCAUCUUGUUCAGCUUCGAUCUGGCCUUCCAUCACAUACCCAUAGGUUUGAAUCAGAGUUGGUUGAAGUAGAUCUGGAAAAGCAACCCCAAAUUCAUGUUGGUCCCCUUAAAUAUAAAACUGAAGAGCGCCAUCAGAAGCAGGAACUGACCCCAGCACCAGUGUUUCCAGUUAUUGUUGGAGUUUCUGUGAUUGCACUGGUGAUCAGUAUGCCAAGGUUAAAGGACCUGUACCAGAGUGCUGUAGGAAUUACCUCCCUAGGUUCAGGGGCUGCACCGAUCAAAAAGGAGCCACGGAAGAACAUAAUAAGAAAAAGAGUGUAAACGGCAAAUUAGAUUUAAUCCUAGUGGUCGAGAAAUGAGCACUGACAAAUUGAGCACGUCAGGAGUAGAAACUAGCUGUUGGUGCCCCCUCGGGUAAUUUUGCAGAUGAAAGAAAUCUGACAGUUGUUGAUGCUUUUCGACAUUACUGGCUUCAAGUUUUAAAGCUGAAGCCUGGCGUGUACUAGUCAUUACAGAUGUUGUAUGAUAGCACUAUGUACAGUUUUGCAGGCGCCAGAUAAUGCCCUCAAUUUCCUUUGUAAUAGGAGAAACGAGACCACUAUUCACUGAACCUGUUUAAGUCAUUUACAAUCUUAUUUACUAAGAAUUGUGUCGUAAGCUCCUUA